UUGUGAUAAUUAUGGAAGAAUGAUUGUGUGUCUUGGCUGUUGGCUGUGUUGAUUAGGCGAUUUCUUCGUUUCUUUCAUGAGCAGAGAGAAUGGCUACCGCAGUUCAAGAUCGCAUAAUUCCGACUAUGGACACCCUGGUGAAAUACGAUAAACCAGUUCUGGUCACGACUCAUCCGGAAAAAGUACGCAAAGAUUCGGCGCUGCCAAAAAUUGGCGCGGCUGCUUGCAAAGUUGAGAAGACCUCAGCUCCGGCCGACACGCGAAAGGAGACCAUCGAGAUCCUCAAUAAAAUUCUGCCUCCGAAGGAAUGGGAGGAGGACGGACAGAUAUGGACCCAGCGUGUGUCGAGUACUCCCGCGACGAGGCUGGAUGUAAUAAACUUGCAGGAGCAGCUUGAUAUGAGAUUACAGCAGAGGCAGGCCAGGGAAACUGGCAUCUGUCCCGUUCGUAGGCAACUCUACACACAAUGCUUUGAUGAAUUGAUACGGCAAGUAACGGUGAAUUGCGCCGAACGUGGACUGCUCUUGCUGAGGGUAAGAGAUGAACUUAGGAUGACACUGUUGGCCUAUCAAACAUUGUACCAAAGUAGUAUUGCUUUCGGGAUACGUAAAGCAUUGCAAGCUGAGCAAGGAAAGGAAAAUCUAAUUAAUACAGCUGAAGAAUUACGAUUAGAAAAAACUGAGUUAGAGAAAACGGUUGCAGAAUUAAGGUUGAAAUUUGAUCAAGCUGAGAGAAGAGCGACCGAGUUAAGGGAAGCGGAGGAGAAGAAACACAUGGAAGAAAUACAAUUUCUUAAAAAGACAAAUUUGCAAUUAAAGACUCAAUUGGAAGGUAUUAUAGCACCGAAAAAAUAAAAAGCCAACAUAUACAAGCGUAAUUUUAAAUGUUUUACAUACAGCAAUUAUAAACACACCAUCUAUGAGUACAUGAAUAGCUAUAUUGGCAUUAACAAAUUUUAAUGUAAAAUGUAAUUAUAUAAACAGGAAUAAAAGAUUCACAUUUUAAUAAA